GCGCCGCCCGCCCCGGCCCUCGACCCGCCCGCGCCGCCCGCCGCGCUCACCCAGGCCACUGGUGCGCCCAUCUGCGCCUUCGACUCCUUCGACCUGCACGCGGCGCCGGCGCUCCCGCACGCCAAGAAGGAGGAAGCGGAGCUGACGGCAGUGGCGGCGGAGAAGGAGGAGCCAGCAGGUGCGAAGGUGAGGAAGGCGGCGGAGGUGGAGGCGGAUGGGGACUUCUCGGAGACGGAGCCCGACAUGAAGACGGACUUCGUGAGCAGCCUGCUGGCGUCGGACACCAUGACCAGCGCGCUCAACGAGGAGGUGGCCCGGCCCUCGCUGUUCGUCAGCACGGCCGCCGCCGCCGCCGUCCCUCCCGCGCCCGCGACCGCGACCGCCAUCGCCCUCGACGCGGCCAAGCCCCCGCCGCCGGAACCCACCCCUGCGCCCACACUCCCCAUCGCCCUCUUCAAGGGUCUUGAAUGCAGUCGUGAUAUGCAUGUGUUGACCAUGUCAUUCAUCACCAUCAGUGAUGUCCUUACAGGAGUUAUCAAAGAACAUUAA